UUGUGAACAUGCGCAAUUCGUUCUCCGUAGCUUUUUUUUUUUUUUAAAUCGAAAGUGAGCACGCGCAUAAUGAGAGGGUUGGCCCUCUGAAGUUUGAACAGGACGGAAACGGCUGGUUCUGGUCUGUCCGUUGCUUGCUUUUUUGAGGGAAUAGGCCUAGUUUGCAUCUCAGCAUGUCAAUAGUAACAGUGCAACUUGGUCAGUGUGGUAAUCAGAUUGGUUUUGAAGUAUUUGAUGCUCUAUAUACUGACUCACACUGUCCCCAGGGACUCUGCUCUAAAAGAGAGAAUGAGGCAUAUCAAGCAUCUUGCAAAGAAAGAUUCUUCAGUGAGGAGGAAAAUGGAGUUCCAGUUGCCCGGGCUGUCCUUGUUGAUAUGGAACCUAAAGUUACCAAUCAAACACUAUCAAAGGCUGCCCAGUCUGGCCGAUGGAAAUAUGGCCAGCAUUCGUGCUUCUGUCAAAAACAAGGUUCUGGAAACAACUGGGCAUAUGGUUACUCUGUUCAUGGACCCAGGCAUGAAGAAUCUAUAAUGAACCUAAUCCAGAAGGAAGUGGAGAAAUGUGACUCUUUGAGUGGUUUUUUCAUCAUAAUGAGUAUGGCUGGGGGCACAGGAUCAGGGCUAGGAGCCUUUGUUACACAGAAUUUACAAGAUCAGUACUCAAACUCUUUGAAAAUGAAUCAGAUUAUAUGGCCUUAUGGAACUGGUGAGGUUAUUGUCCAGAACUACAACUCCAUUUUGACUCUUUCUCACUUGUACCGAUCUUCAGAUGCCCUCCUUGUUCAUGAAAAUGAUGCUCUUCAUAAGAUCUGUGCGAAACUGAUGAACAUCAAGCAGAUCUCCUUUAGUGAUAUAAACCAAGUCCUUGCACAUCAGUUGGGAAGCGUGUUCCAGCCUACGUAUUCUGUGGAAGGCUCAUGUCACUACAGAAGAAAUCCAUUAGGAGACUUAAUGGAGAAUUUAGUUCCCCAUCCUGAAUUCAAGAUGCUGGGUAUUCGUAACAUUCCUCAAAUGUCUGAGAACUCACUGGCAUACAGCACAUUUACUUGGGCUGGCCUCCUCAAACAUCUGAGACAGAUGCUCAUUUCUAAUUCAAAAAUGGAAGAAGGUAUUGAUUGGCAGGUACGGCCUCCUUUAUCAGGACUUCCUACUCUGGGUAAAGCGUCUCUCAACAGGGGGCUUCAUUUUAACAUGUCCAUUGCCAACUUGGUCAUCCUUCGUGGGAAAGAUGUGCACAGUGCGGAUCUGGGAGGAUUUAAAGAUUCAGCCCUCUAUACUUCUUGGUUAGAGCCUAUUAAUGCUUUCAAUGUGUGGAAAACCCAGCGAGCCUUUAGCAAAUAUGAGAAGUCUGCAGCUUUGGUCAGCAAUAGCCAGUUCUUACUAAAACCACUUGAUACGAUUGUGGGCAAAGCCUGGAAUAUGUUUGCUUCAAAAGCCUACAUUCAUCAGUACACAAAAUUUGGAAUUGAAGAAGAGGACUUUUUGGACAGUUUCACAUUGUUAGAACAGGUUGUUGCCAGUUACUGCAACCUCUGAUCUCGAACAAAGGAAAAAAAGGACUUUAAGUCAUUUUUGGGCUAAAAUAUUUUCAAUAGUACUUUCUCUGUACGGUUUUCAAAUCUCUACCUGUUAAACUAACAAAGUCAAAUGCUGUUUCCUUUGGCAUAUUAUGACCACAGAAAAGGAGGAAAACCUUUUAAACCGAGAACAUCAUGUUUUCAAUGAAAACAUCUACUUGGUAUUUUCAUUUGUAAGAAAGAAACUGGUGCUUCCAUAAAAAAAUUUGGAAACACUUUGCUGAAAUGUUGGAACUCUGGAAGUAUCCAAAAAAGGGAAUAUUCUGUUUUGUCCCCAUGUUUCUAAGUCUUCCCUUUUUUUUUUUUUUAAAGACUUUAUUUAUUUGAGAGAGAGCAUGGGGGAGGGACAGAGGGAAAGGCAGGCAUCCCACUGAGCAGGGAGCCUGAUAUGGGGGUUGAUCUCGGGACUCCGGAAGUCUUCCCUUCUUUAUUCCAAAAAGGAUUCACUAAAUACCAGCUAAACUUUUACAGCACAAUUUGAAACAGAGAUUGCGGUUAUGCAUUUAAUUGAAGUGGAUGCUUUGAACCACAAGAGGGAGCUAUUGUCAAAUGCUAGAUUAUGAACUUUUAAAUAUUUUCUUCUGUAACAGUAAGAUUUUCCACUUUAAGCAGCUAUUUAAAAAUAAAUAUCAGAUUUUGUUAAUAAAUGUAUAUCAUGCUUAAGUACAAAAGUAAGGAAGUAAAUGCUUUUAAAAUUUUCUAGGCAUCAGAAAAUUGGGUCAGUUUUUCUUUUAGAUCUUGAAAUGUAAGAGCAGAAAGUGACUUUAUUCGACUAGUGCUUUCAGAUUACUUAUAGGUAUUUAGCUAGCGUGAAAGAUGUUAUGCUUGUCAGUAAAAAGGGUAAGUUUUCACUAAAAUUUCACAAAGUUGAGAAAAUUACCACCAAGGAAAUACCGUCCUUGAUGAAAUUGAACAUACAGAUGUGGGUUUCACUCAGAACAAAACACACUUGGAAAUUGGCAACUGAGUUUGAGGGUAAUUGUGUAUUUCAAUAAAACAUGUCACAUGCAGUGUAUUAACAAAUGUCAAAUGGGAAACAAAUAGGAACAUUUGCCCCUUCUGCCAAAUCUACCAGUGGUGAUUUAUUUUUAUAUGGAAAAAUGACAGUUCACAGCUUCACUGGUUUCUUCCUUUUCUUUCCAUAUGGAAAUGAUUACUUUUUUGCUGUUUUUCUUAUCAACUGUUGCUAUGAUUUAAAAUACUGAGCCAUAUCUUAUUUCUAAGGAAUGUAAAAAGUGGUCUGUUCAGCCACUAAGAGGCACACCCCUCUGCUGCAUUUUGUUAACCCAAGUAUACUUGAAAAAUAAUCAGAUAAUGAUUUUUACAAAAUAAAGUUAAAAGUAAUGGUUUUACACUGAA